AUGACGGCAGAUGACUUGCCCAAUGAGCACAUUGAGUGCAUGCAAUGGGCGAUAUCCCACGGCGCUGAAGUCCGUGGCGUCACUCCAGCCCGAUUUCCCGGUCGUGGCCUUGGUAUGGUGGCCACCAGGACGAUAAAAGAAGAUGAGACUAUUAUUACAAUUCCAUCGUCAGUGAUGUUGACGGUUGACAGUGUCCCGUCAACUUUUGUCAAGAAGUUCCGAACAGGCACUCCAACCCAAGCCAUUUUAGCUGCAUAUCUCACUCGCGGCGAUAGAAGAUCGCUCAAGAAAUGGGAUCCAUGGCGUAAAGUAUGGCCGAGUCGGCAGGUAUUUGAAGAUAGCAUGCCCCUGUUAUGGCCGGAAUUCUCGCAGAACAAUUCAGGGGCUGGUGGUAUUAUCCUACCACCCUCUGCAUCUGGGACCUUGAAGACAGCCCAGGCAAAUUCAUUGGGCGAGUGUGAUAAAGAGAUAUAUCAAAAUAUUCUCUCCCGACAGCGGAUGCGUCUUCAGCAUUCGUGGGAGGAUGUUGUUUCUGUGAUCCCUGAUAUGGACUGGGAUUCUUUUUCGUACAAUUGGUGUAUUGUCAACACGAGGAGCUUUUAUUACGUUGGACCGGGAAAGGAGGAUCCGGAAGAUUGGAAUGAUGCUCUAGGACUGGUACCUUUUGUGGAUUACUUCAAUCAUUCAGAUGAAUGGACUUGUGAUGUCACUUUUAAAUGCACGAAUUACAUUUUCAAGGCGAAUCGUCGAAUUGAAAAGGAUGAAGAAAUAUACAUCAGCUACGGAGCACACACUAAUGACUUUCUAUUGAUUGAGUAUGGCUUCUUCCUCGACCAGAAUGUGUGCGACGCAGUAUAUCUAGACAAUAUCAUAUGCCGGGAACUGAGUCCAGUUGAUGAAGAAGAGCUAAAGCAGCGGGAUUACUAUGGUAACUAUGAGAUCACACCCACAGGUUCUUGCCGCCGCCUAGGGGCAGUUGCAUGCAUGAAAUACAUGGAUCGCAACGAUUGGCGAAGUAUGAUGGACAGCAAUUCGAACAAGGGCAUUGACAUACAGAAGACUGCGAAGGCCAUCUCCGACUGGAUCAACGCUUACCUGAAAGAAUGCGAAACGUCAAUUGAAAGCCUUGAGACGAACAUUGCCGCUGAGCAAGAUGAGCGCCGGAGUGCAAGGGUAUCAAUGAUAUUGAACAGAUGGAAGCAGAUCAAGUCGCUGUGCGAAGGUGCACUGGAUGCGGUUGCUUGGGAAGAUACUGAUACUGAGUGA